UAUAAGUAAAAUAUUCUACACUUGUAUAUGUUGUUCCUACAAGACAAAGUUGAGAAAUGAAAAGAAUUAGCAAAUGUUGCAAAAAGUGUUUGUUUAAUGCCUUCAGAUAAAGAGUGGACAUAUGCCAGAGACACACUAUGGCAAAAUAUGAAGAAAAUUACAAUGGGAAAAGUUCAUAAUGCCAGAAAAACGGGUACAGGCGGUCAUGGGAAAUUGAACGAUGUCGAUAAUAUGGUGCUAGAUAUAUUAGGAAAAGAGUCCCCAGUGAUUGUAGGUCUUGGGGUACCAGCAUCAUUGGACGAAGUAGACGAUGCAGAACCGCUACCUAAAGACAGCACAACAACAGAACAGCCAAGAAUAUUAACGCAGGACCUGGGCGUACCCUCAACCAGCCUUAUAGGAAAACAGAAGCGUAGCAUGACACGUCAAGAAGAAAUUGCAAACAAGAAAAAGUAAAACUUGACUUGCAAAUUGAACACCUGAAACUGCAAAAUCACAAGACCAAACUAGAGAUUUUACAGUUGGAAACUGCACUAAACCUUCCAAGAUCCGAAUUUACACAAAGUUUUGCAAGAGACUACAUUUCUUAUGGAGAGGACCAGCGUACCACAUAUUUGAAUAUUUAGUUUCGUAAAAAACAAUCAUAUUUUCUUACACAUUUAAUUAAUUAAAGUUAAUUUUUCUUC